GGGGGGAGGGGGGUGUCUCUCUCUUCCAGGAAGGGAUUAUUAACCAGCGCGCUGCCGACAUGUGAAGGAAAACACACGUAGACAAAAGAAGUUUUCACACCGACAACAGCCGCGCCAUGGACCGGGCCUGCAGAUAAAUAAAACGGGAAAAUCCAAGCAGAAGAAGCGGGGCUACAUGAGAAAAACAACUUCUUUUAUACUGCCGAGGCGAGGGCUCUGUGUGCCGCUCCUGCUGCUGCAGCUGUUCGGGCUUCCGUGAAGGGAAGUGAAGAGGGAUAAAACAAACGACCGACAACGAGAGAGAGAGAGAGGAAGCACGACGGAAAAGUGGAAGGAGAGGGAGAGAAGUUGACGGGGAGAUAAUGUCUGAAUCCUCCUCCUCUGCUACUGCGAACAAGCAGGAGAGGAGCUCUUUCAGUCCUUCCGCGAACCUGCUGCCAAACUCCACUUCCUCCCCCGUCCAUGCUCCCGCCGCGAGGACAGCCACCCGAAUGGAGGACGAGCCUGCCAGGCUGCCUGCGCACCUGCGUCUGCAGCCAGUGUUUUGGAGCCGGGAAGACGUGGCCCAGUGGCUGCGAUGGGCUGAGAAAGAGUUUGCGCUGCGGCCCAUUACCAGCAACACUUUUCAGAUGAAUGGCAAGGCCCUGCUUCUCCUCACCAAAGAGGACUUCCGCUACAGAUCCCCUCACUCUGGGGAUGUCCUGUAUGAGCUGCUUCAACACAUACUGAAGCAGCGGAAGUCCAGUGUGUUUUGCCCGUCUGCUUACUUUCCUGGGAACUCUUUCCAUUCGCUGCCUGAAAGUGCUGUGCAGCACCUGAAGCUCGAAGAGACGGUACGGCGGGCACCACGUGGUACAGAACCCCUCCCCCAGAAUCCACCAACCAUCGAACUGCGGCACCGUCGCUCUCGCUCACGUUCCCCCCACAACCCAACUCCCAGAAGAUCUCCACCCGAGCCCAACCGCCCUCGAUCCGCCAACGAGGACCAUCUCCAAACCUUCUCCCAGCUGCCUGACAGCAACCACCACCUGCCGGAAGAAAUGUACCCCUUGUCUGUGUCUCCGGCGGCACCCAACGGCCCCUGCGCCACGCCCAGAGAAGCCCCGAGCCCGGUGCUCCAGGAGGCAGGCCCUCCUCGUGUCAUUCAGCUCAUGCCCAGCACCAUCCUGAACCCUUUGCUCCUCAGCCCGAACAGAGUUGGCGGGGGGGCCGGCAUAGACUUCAGGCACAGCCGCGUUGGACCCCCCUCUCAGGUGGUGAUGGAAAAUGGGCGCGAUAGCAAGGUCCAUGUUCACCAUCACCAGCUGGCGCAGCAGCAUCUGCUGCAGCAGCAGGAGGAGGCCCUCUACAGGAACCAGGUCAUCAUGCCUGUGUCUCCUCCAGAGGAGCAGCAGAUGCCCAUCGGGCGGAUAGCAGAUUGCAGGCUGCUGUGGGACUACGUCUACCAGCUCCUGUCAGACAGCAGGUACGAGAACUACAUCCGCUGGGAGGAUCCCGACAGUAAAGUCUUCCGCAUCAUGGACCCGAAUGGCCUGGCCAGGCUCUGGGGAAACCACAAGAACAGAACCAACAUGACGUACGAGAAGAUGUCGCGAGCACUGAGACACUACUACAAGCUGAACAUCAUCAGAAAAGAACCUGGACAAAGACUCCUGUUCAGGUUCAUGAAAACCCCAGACGAGAUAAUGAAUGGACAGACGGAGCGGCUGGAGCACCUGGAGUCUGACACAGACGAACAAAUCUACAUCAAGGAGGAAUGUUGAACAGCUCCAAGGGUGGGGUUGGGGUGGUGGGUUUCCAUGGACUACUUUACUACAACCAUAGCCGUCAAUGCCUUUCAGAAGCAGCUUAAAAAAAUCCAGAACGCUUGGACUUUGGCUCAUAUUGGUCCCAAUGUGAGAGAAAAAUGAAAUCGGAUCUCUCUUAACAAUGCCUUAGGAUGAAAUUCUUCUGACAUACUGUACAUCAAUUUAAAAAAGAAAAGUGCUUUGAUUUGUCUGAGGGACACAGCUCAGAGGACUUUAGAGGCAUCUCUUUGUAUUUCUGUGUUGCAAAAGCCAAUCACUUGUGCUUAUAUAAUUUUUUCUUUGUUUUCUUUUUUUCCCCAUUUUGUCCAUAUGCAUUAGAUCUUGGAAAUUUGCUACUUGUAAAAAGAAACCUGUGUGUGUGUGUGUGUGUGUGUGUGUGUGCUUGGGUGGAUGUGUGUGUGUGAUAGGACUGUUUUCACCAUGGAAUAAACAUUUUUGAUCAAACUUCUAA